AUGCACAACGCCCGGGGCCCUAUUGGGGAAGGGCAGCCUAUGAAACCACCAUACAAAAUAGGUCAUAGCAAGAAACUGAACGGAUCAAGAUCAAAAGAGGUCCCCGAAGGCUGCCGCCAGCUUUAUCUGGAAGGAGAACGGGGCAGUGGGGUGUUCCAGAUCCAACCUCCUGGCUCCAAGCCUUUUGAAGUCUUUUGCGACCUGGCUUCAGGUGGUGGCAGCUGGACAGUGAUUCAGAGGCGUCGGGACGGAUCUGUCGAUUUUGACCAGCUGUGGGAGGCCUAUCGGAACGGCUUCGGAAAUAUGAGUGGAGACUUCUGGCUCGGCUUGGACAAGAUCCACCAGAUCGUGCAAGAAGGGAUGUUCCGUCUGAUCAUUGAGAUGCAGGACUGGGAAGGGAAUUCCCAGGUGGUCCAGUUUCUUUUCAGGCUGGGAGGAGAAGACACUGCUUACACACUGAGCCUCCUGGGCCCUGUCCUGGGGGAGCUAGAGAACGCCAUGGGCGACUUCCCCCAUCUUCCCUUCUCUACACGGGAUCAGGAUCACGACCUCAAGGGGGACGCUAAUUGUGCCAAACAUCUCUCAGGCGGCUGGUGGUUUAGCACCUGUGGCCACGUCAACCUCAAUGGGAAAUACUUCCGCUCCAUCCCACGCCAGCGACACGAGAGGAAGCAGGGCAUCUUCUGGAAGACCUGGAAAGGGAGGUAUUACCCCCUGAAAUCAACCACCAUGAAGAUCCAGCCCCUGGAGCCAGGAGUGGAGUCCUAAAAGCACGAGUUGCCCCAGGAGACUGGGUGUCCCUCUGACUCCCGCCUCUUCCAAGAGGCAAGGUCUGUCGGCUUCAGCGGGGAACUCUGCAGAUUCUUUCUGGUAUUCAGACCGUGGAAAGGAGAUGCUCCUUUGCAGGAGACGCCCCUCAUGGUGGCCUGUGGGGCAAUAUGGCGACUGUUUUCCUUGAAGGAAGAACUACCUGGGGGAUGAUUCGAGGGAGCUGAGCUGGCUUCUGGGGUCCUGGUUUUUGCACAAAGGCCACAUGGCAGCUGGGUAGGGUGGUCUUCCAGAUCUGGUGUUUGUUACAGAUUUUAAAUACUCUCCUUUGUUUUGUUUUUUGGGGGGGGCUAAGGAGAGGGGCUGAGCAUCAACAUUUCCCUCGAUGAGGGCUCAAGACAUACCUACCCAUCGUGCGGUGGGCUGAUCUUACCCCUCACGAACCGACUCUCACUGUAGUAGGUGGCCCCCUGUUUUUGUGGCGUCCCUUUCCAAAGUAGAAGGUUUCCGGGGGUCGCACCAGCUGAUGCUUCCAUCAGAAUAAUUAGCAAAGUGCCAGGUGUCGCGCUGUGAUUGUGUAGGCCUCUGUGCAUUGGCUCUCCCAAUGAGCCUCUGUGCAUUGGCUCUCCCUUUGGGGUUACCUAGAGAUGUCCACCUGUUUCUAGUGGAACAGCCUUUAGGCAGCAGAGAAACCAGAGGCUGAAAGUCUAAAUUAUCCUCUUCCCCACGAGUCGUUAUAGUUCAGUGAUUGACUGUUUGGGGGACUUUUAGUUGUGCUGCCGCCAGGCAGGAUUCUGUGGGUUAGAAAGGAUUGUGGUGCUUUCUUCUGGCACACAGCGCCACAGCUAGUGAAGGCGUCUGCGAGAUCCAGCCCACCCUCUCAGUCGCACUGAAUGGUACCUCUGGGUCUUUACCUUUUAAAUUUGUAUUUUAAUCUAAUUUGAUGUAUGCCACCUUUUAUUUUUUAAAAGACGAUUGCUUGGUAAAGCAAAAAGACCAAGACUUACCAUGGGAGGUACUUCAGUGGGGCCAAAAGUCUCUGAAACUGACUGCAGGUGAUCCUUGGGUCUCUUUGGGCGCCCCCCGCCCCCAAAAUGUGCUCAUUAUUUUUUAAGUCAUAUUGACUUAAGUUCACUCCAAUACUUUGCUGCUUGUACAUAACUGUUGCAUUUGUUGGUUUGUCAAUGUGGUUAUCAAAGUGCUUUAUCCUUUUAAAAAGAAUCUGCAAAUUUUUUUUUUUAAGAUGGCAACCGGGAACAAUUUUGUUGUAACUUAUAAUGAUUGUUUCGAACAGACGGCAGUCGGGUGUUGGUGACUUUUUGUCUUCUGUUUGGUUUUUGUGCUGAAGGCGUGCCGCUGUUGGAAGAGUCUCCCAUGUGAACAAUAAAAACCUUAAACCCUU